CAAAGAUGGUGCUUAUGGUACAGGUUAACUAACUGUCUGGAUUCCGGUUGCGGUUUUUUUUUUUCUUCUUUAAAUAUACGUGUUUGCAGACGGAGAGAUGGAGGCUAGAGACAAGCAAGUGCUUCGCUCCCUCCGCCUGGAGCUGGGUGCAGAGGUACUGGUGGAGGGACUGGUUCUUCAAUAUCUUUACCAGGAAGGAGUCUUGACUGAAAACCAUGUUCAGGAAAUCAAAGCUCAAGCCACAGGACUCCGGAAGACAAUGCUGCUGCUGGAUAUCCUACCUUUCAGGGGGCCCAGAGCAUUUGAUGCCUUCCUUGAGUCCCUGCAGGAAUUCCCCUGGGUUAGGGAGAAGCUGGAGAAAGCAAGGGAGGAAGCCACAACUGAGCUGCCUGCAGAUGACCUGAUGACCGGUAUCCCCCCCCACAUCCUCAACAGCUCUCCGUCGGACCGGCAGAUUAACCAGCUGGCCCAGAGGCUGGGCCCCGAGUGGGAGCCCGUGGUGCUCUCUCUGGGACUGUCCCAGUCGGAUCUCUACCGCUGUAAGGCCAACCACCCCCACAACGUGCAGUCACAGAUGGUGGAGGCCUUCGUCCGCUGGAGGCAGCGCUAUGGGAAGCAGGCCACCUUCCAGAGCUUGCAGAGAGGCCUCCAGGCCGUGGAGGUGGACCCCUCGGUGCUCCAGCACAUGUUGGAAUAAUGGUGUCUCCCCCCACCCACCUGUGAACAGUGUGUCCCCAAGUCACCUGCACGGAAUCCCGACUUUCUCCCAGGGCAGGUAGUUUUCCGGGUUUUUUGUUAUUGUUCUUUUCUUUUUCAUGAUCCUUAGAUAGGAUUUGCAGAUGAUAUUACUUGAAAGGCCAGAUUACUCAGUGGCUCUACCACAUUGACUUGACAAUUCAUUGUUUUUAAUUGCUUGAAGAUUACAUUGUUUUAAUUGUGCAGGCUUUAAUUGUUUGGUUGCCUUUCAGUAACUGGUAAAUCAUACCAGCUCAAAAAAAAAAAUCCUGCUGUGUUAUCACGUGACGUGCAGGUGUUUUAUAUAUAAAACAUCCAUUUUUAUAUUGGCUGGGACUGAACUGUGGACUCUGCUAUUAGUGAUGAUGAUAAUAAAAAGUGAAUUACUGUAUAUGUGGCCCUUUCAUGAGAGAGUAUUGUUUGUUUUUCUCAUUCCUGUAGAUUCCAUAGAUUAGAAGUCAUUUUUUGGAAACAGAAUUACAAGUAAUAACAAAAUGCUUACUUUCUCCAGUCAAGAUAAAUAGGCCGGAAGCCUACGUUAAAUUUAAGACCCUAAAGCUCCCUGCAGGGCCAGACCAAGUACCAGCAUGCACACCCUUAAUCCUUAAAAGAUUGCUUAAGAAAAUAACUGUGCCAUUUGUUUAAAGGAUUUAGUUGGGGGACAAAAGAGGGUGUGAUCUUUCCUUUGAAAUUUAAGUGUCGUGCUCCUAACGAGUAUGAUUUCGUCUUCUGUCUUUUUAUUAAUGAUCCAUGGUAUUUGUCAAAUGCUUUACUGUUUUCAAGAGUUUUCAGGUAUGUGAUCUCCUUUGGACCUCCCCAAAAUCCUAUGAAGUAGUUGGGUCAGAAGGUGAGCCUCCUUCGGUAAUGAACUUGAGUGAUUUUUCAGAGUGAGCUAGAAUGGGUGUCUUUGGAGCCCUGCUCCUUUCCCGCUGCUCCAUGCUGCGUGAAGAAGCUUGCGUCCUGCUCUCCCCCUGCCAGCAGCAUCACCUUGGACAAAUCACCCCACUUCUCUAGCCCUCUGCAGAGGAGGAAAUGAUCAUCCCCUUUUCCAAGAUUUUUGUGAUGGUUAAAGAAAUACUGUCUGCCAAGGGUUUGUCUCGUGCCUUGCCCUUUGUCAGCUCUCAGGAAAUGGUGGCUGUUAAUUUGCUGCUGUGGACAAAGUUCACAGGCAAAGCCGAAUAGUGGCUAAAGGUGAGGGCACUGCAGGAGGAAGUGCUAUUACCAUGUUUCCUGCUGAGCUUUAGCCUGUGAUAUAAUGGACUAACUCUACUGUGGGUCCAGUCAAGAGAGGGACAGAUGAACAUUCCCAAUCUGUGAACUGCUCUUCGGAAUAAUUGGGGAAUCUAUUUCCUAAUCUUCACUUAACUGAGGAUUUUUUUUCAAAGGGAAAAAAUUAGACUUUUAGCUCACCAUGUUGUGGGACAAGUAUAUAGAUUGGAAGAGUUGAACGUGAAAUGAGUGCUCACAUAGGUGACCAUGGCGUGUCGAUCACACCCUCUCAGAUGUCUGGCAACCGUAUUCCCUUUGCUAACAAAGAUCAGUUCUCUCACAGUUCAACAAGCAGUUCAAAACGGUGGUCUUCUGGCCCCAUCAGCUUUAAUUUUCCAUUUUGUAGCCCAGCUACUAAUUCACUGUCUUGUGAAAUUCUCAGACUUUUGGCCCCAUCACUGUCCUAGUGACAGACUUCCUUCUGGCAUCUUCAAGAAACUGCCUGUCUUUGAACCUUGGACUUGUUACAUUGCUGUUUGUCCCCCUGUGUUUGCUAGUAAGGAAUUGCUUUGGCUUUUGUUCUCACCACACUUAUGGCCAAGUGAGCAUGACUGGGCUCUGUCACAUCUGACUAGAUGGCAUUUUAGAAGUGGCUGUGAUGAUAGGCUAGUUCAUCUUCCCACCACUUGCUUGGGAUCUGUCCCGCACAAAGACACCUCUGUGCUCUGUCGGCAGUGAAGGACAGUGUGUGAUGCACUUGCCCAUCAGGGCUGCCAGGGCCAUUAGAGAGCUUGGACUUGUUGCCCUUAGUGAGCAGGGUGCCUCCACCAUCACAUCGUCCACGUGCGAGGCCUGCUCACGUUCUUGCAGAAGAUCAGCAGAUGGAAGAACAGAGCAUCUAAAUCACUGCCUCAUUUCUGCCCGUGGCUGUGAAAAGUGACACUGAAUGCAUCUGCCUACCUCCCGAGAGAAGUGAGUAGGCGACGCGCCUGAGGCGUCCGUGUGUUUUUGCAUGGUAGGAGAUCCUGCACUUCCGGAGGCUGCUUGCCCCCAAUAGAAUUCUGAAUGAGUACAGUGGAGUGGCGGAGUAUUUGCAAGCACUGACCAAAAAAAGAUAAAGUCUCGCUCCACUUUGGUUUGAAACACACAUGAAUGUACCUACAUUCAUGGGUGUGCCCUCUUAGUUUUUAAAAACUACAAUUUUUAUUAAAUUUUCUCAGUAUAAAUAAUAACGCAUGCUCAUUAUAGCAGUUUGAAAAAUACCAAUGGACAAGAAUAAAAAUAAAUAAAUAAAAAUUACCCCUACUCUUGUCUUUCAAAGAUAACCAGUAGAACACCAUAGUUUAGUCUCUACCGUCAGUUACUUUCCUAGGGCUGCAUAUUUUUAUAAUGAAUAUGGGAUUGUAUCAAAUUAACUAUAAUAAGUAGUUAAAGGAUGCACAAAAUUAAAAGAUGUAAAUAUCAUGUAGGUACCCCAGUUUUCAAAAUACACCAGAAAGGUAUAAUAAUCAAAAGUAUGGUGCUGGCAAAAAAAA